AUGGAACAAGAGCAACAAAAACCAAUUAUUAGAGAAUAUUCUACACUACCACCUACACCAUUACACCUACAACAAGCAAUAUUUCUAAUUGCACUAGGCGAAAAGGAAAUCGAAGACGACGACGAUGCAGAAAUUUAUUUAGGUAGAUUGAUUGCUAAAGAACAGCAAGUUAUUAGAAAAAUUCAGCGAUUAAAAGAAAAGAAAAAAGUGUAUUGUGAACGAUUGAAAAAAGAGGAGAAGACUGAACAACAACAACAGCAACAGCGGAAGAAAAAAGGAAAAGAAAAAGAGAAAGCGAUUUCUUCUCGUCUAUCGGCUUCUGCUGCUUACACAAGUCUGGCAUCGCCUCCGCAUCCAUUAUCGCCACCUCAACCGCCAUUAGGAUCUUCCAGAGAUCCGUCAUCACCAUCAUCAUAUUUGAUAAUAAGCAAAGGUCGUCGACCUCUUACAGAAUAUAAUUCUGAAUAUCCCUCCACGGCUGCUGCUGUUUCUCAUAAUGAUCCCUAUCGAAAUAGUGGUUCUGUAACAGCUUUCCAUCAACAGCUUCCGUUUCCGAUAAAACGUCCUGCUGAGGAGCUUGCCCCGAGUUCAGUAGGUCAAUUGAAUAAACAAUAUUCAUCAUCCUCGCUCACAUUUUUCGAUUCUAUAAAUAAUCAUGGCACUCCUAACAAUACUCAUAAUAAUCGUGGUGUUAAUGGGAUGAACCAUGGAUAUGGUGGAACAACAACGAUGUCCUCUUCGUCAACUGCAUCCUCUUCUGCAAUGUUCAGUGGGAUUGCUAAUCGGUUUGGUGGAAGAGACGAUGCCUAUUCUCAUUAUUAUUAUAAUAGCGGCGAUGGUAAUAAUCGAGAUUAUCAUCGAUAUUCCAAUCAAUAUUUUGAUAGACAACCUCUGCCUCAAUCAUCCGUCUAUUCAUCAAGAGGUCCAAUAGGAGGAAUUCAGCCACCAUCCAGGCGUAACAUACCAAAGUCGCGAAUACCACCACCUUCAUCAUCAUCCAAUUGGUUUCUACCAGAUCGUAAUCGAGGGAGAUUUUGA